UCGAUGAUGUUCAUAGUCAUCAAUAUAAUACGAGAAAAUCAGAUCGAUUAAUAAAACAACAAUAAUUCAACAUGAAUAAAUUUCUUUUUUCAUUGACGGCAAUACUCGUAAUGUUAUUGGUGGUUAAAGAAAUGACACCGGUAACUGGUGCUCUUACUUGUUCACGAGAUCAUUGUAACGGAAUACAAUGUUCAACACCUUAUUGUGAAGGAAUACCUGAUGGCCGUUAUCGUCUUAAACAACCCGGUCCUUGUGAUUGUUGUCCAUUUUGUGUAAAAGUUAUUGCUAAAGGAGAAGAUUGUCGUUCAACAAUGAUUCUAACUCGAAUUGUUGGUGCUACGCCACAAAGUGAAUGUGAACAAGGCACACAUUGUGAUCAAACAACAUUUAAAUGUGUUUAAAAAUUUUUGUUAAAUGAAAUAAGAAUUAGUUUUUAUUUCAUUAUCAAAAAAAUAUGAAUUGAAUUAAUAUUCAAAGAAAAUAAAAUAUAAAUUGAAUUAA